CACGGGAGAAUGACCCCAGCCUGAGUGCGUAUACAUCCAAUGUUCGUCGCGAAGAGCACUCUAAUCGAAUCGCGAGAAACUGCUGCGCGAGAGGCACCGCUCACCAUGCAGGACGCAAAUGUCGUAGGCACCAUACCCACACCCCCGUACGAAUACAGUGCCCACACCGGAGAGUACAACUGGGCCGACUUCCGGUUGCCUUCCUUGACGACGACGGCACUUCCGAAGCAGCCCAUGUUCGAGGAGGCCGAGCUGUUCCACUCCUUAUGUAACUCACUGCACUUUGCGGAAGACUUCAGGAGGACUGCGCAGACCUCGCUUCUAACUGAUACCCCGGUGACUUCGCCCGAACAGCCGCAGCGAGAAGCGCAGCAACGCUGCGGCACGACAGCCGCUUCGUUAGGACUCGUCGGCGACACGGCGGAAUGGUUCCAGCGCCGGACAGCGCGCGACCUGCCACUUCAGGGGCUCGUCGAAGAAACGCCGAGCUUGGUGCCCGGAGUGGGCGAGAAAUCGCGCCAGAAUUCUUCGUCGCCCAGCAUGUACGACGAAGUUGUUGGUCCCGCGGGGGCCACGGCGUCGUGCAGGCCCGAGACACCCGGAGAGAGGCGAACAUCGUCGGAGGCCUACUCGACGGAGGAGCACGACGAGUGGGCAAUAGAAGACGUUGCCGUCUCUGCCAAGGGCUGGCCUUCGGCUUCGUCACCAGCCGACGCGGCGGCGGCUGAUUCAGCUGCCGGACGUGAAUCAGCCGAGCGGCGCGGCCGGAACUCGGGGAGCCUGAGCGGCGUUUCCGAAGACGCCGCGAGCCAAGCGGCGCAGGUCGCCGCAGGCGUCAAUGGGACACCGGCGUCUCCUAAUGCUGUCGUACAAAACAUUUCUACGGCGUCGACGGAGAGCUUAUUGGGGACAGUGACUCUUGAAUGUGAAGAGGACGUCGAAUCCGAGACGGAGGAAGAGCAGGUGCUGCUGCCUUCAGACCCCUCCCAAUGGAACGGUAGCGACAUCUGCGUAUGGCUGAGCUGGCUGAGCGGCAAGUUCGGGCUUCCGGCGCUGGACGCCGCCAAGUUCCCGGACAACGGCGAAGCACUGUGCGCACUAACGCCCGAGCAAUUCCUCGAGAGGACCGACGCUCGCUCGGCCAAAAUACUCAACGACUUCUUGGCUUUAAGAAAGAAGGACCAGACGUCGUACUCGGAGGCCCUCCGCAAGUCCGGCUGGUCUGCGGGCUCUCCUACCAAUGGAGGCUACGAGCACCAGACUUCGGUCUCGUCCUGUUUCAGCGCUCAAUCGCUCACAGCCUCGAGCAAAGCUGACGCCCAGUCCCCCCAGAGGUCUUCGACACCUGACUCAUUUCAAAUGUUUCGAGCUGCUAGCGCAAGGUUCUCAUCACAAGGUACCGGACAGAUCCAGCUGUGGCAGUUUCUGCUCGAGCUCCUCUCGGACAGCAGCAACGCCAACUGCAUCACCUGGGAGGGACAGAACGGCGAGUUCAAGCUCAUCGACCCGGACGAAGUAGCCCGGCGCUGGGGCGAGCGCAAGAGCAAGCCGAACAUGAACUACGACAAGCUGAGCCGCGCGCUUCGCUACUACUACGACAAGAACAUCAUGACCAAAGUUCACGGCAAGCGCUACGCCUACAAGUUCGACUUCCACGGCCUGACACAGGCCCAGCAAGCGCCCACCCCGGAGUCGUCGGCCGCGUAUCGCCUGCAGACCGAGCUAUUGCUACCGCACUACCGGAGCAACUACAUCGGCGCCCACCAGCCUGCGCCGAUGGGGCUACCCCCAUCAGCCGCGGCCGCAGCAGCGGCUGUGCGUAGUCCCUACUGGACACCCAGCGCCACGGGAGCCUGCAACCUGUACCCAAACCUGUCGGGACACUCGCUCACGCACGCUGGACACAGAGCCAACGGCCUGAGUCACUACUACACAUGACUCUGGGGCGGAGACCGUAGCGGCGACCGCCUUGGGUCGCAUCACCAUUGAGACUG